UUGUUCGUGUUAAAAAAAUAUUUUAUUUAAGAAUUUUACAUGAUAAAUAAAAAGUGCAAAUAUACAGUGUCCUUUUCUAAUAUUUUGUAAGAAAUGUUUUAAAUUUCAAUAGUUAAAGUGUGCUUGUGGAACAUGAGUUCAUAAUUAUGAUAAAAGAGUGCUUUAUUAUAAUUUUUAAAAUAGUAAAUAACUCUUAAUUUUAAUACGUUCCAUAAUGUUUUAAAGAAAAUCCCUGCUUCUAAAAGGAUGUAAUUGAUGCCUAAGGGUUCUCGCCAAAACGAGCUGGAUAUGACCUAGGGCAUGCAAUAAAAAUGGAUAUUGUCAACAUGGAUGAGGGACAAUACGAGCAACGAGCACAGCCUGGGAGUAGCAUGGACAGUGAAGCAUCCAGCACCGUGGAUAGCAACGAUAGCAGCGAACGAAUGAGUGACACCAUCACAGACGACGAUGACGAUUUGAGGGAGGACCUUCAAAAGAACAUACCCGAUUGUUACAAGUCUGAUUUAAACUUUGCAUCACAAAACUCUAGUGAUAUUUCCGAAGAUAAUGAGGAGUUUCAAACGACGGCGCUUUGCCAAUUCAUGGAUAUUUUGAAUGACUUAGACGAAGUUUUGGAUAAGUCGCUGCUCGCGUGCUUAGACGACGGAGCGAAAUCUCUCGACAGCGGGGACGAGGAUGUGGUGUUUAAAUUAAAGGAAAUCGUUAAAGAGGAGGAGGAUUCUCAGAGUUCGUGCGACGAUGAUACACAAGUCGUGGUUUGCCCAAACAGUCAUCGCUCGAUACCGCAAGCAACGGAAAGCGUGCAACAAAAUGAGCCGCGGAACUCAAAAUUCGGGCGAUCGAAAAGUUUUUCCGAGAUACUGAAACCUAAUGUCGAAAGGCCGAUAGAACGAGUGAAUACUGUCAACGAUAGCUUGAGGAAUUCAAUGCGAUGCCUCGAUCCGAUAGUCCUUCCGACGUUGACAGACACGUCGUGCGAGCCGCUCACACUACCUGUGAUACUUUUUUUAGAGCACCACGUGAAUAUGCGACCAACUAGUGCCCCAAUACAGCUUCAGGUUACGACUAAUAUAAGUAGUGAUAGUGCCUCGGGACCACUGAUAGUCGGUAGGCGGACGUUGCUGAUGAAUAGGACGUUGUCGCUGCCGUCGCCUGGUGAGAGUGACGUCACCAACGACUGGACUGGCAGAAACACUGCCCGGAGUACUGCCAGGAGUAGCACAUCUAGCUCCUCAACGGAAUCCCUGGUUGUGUCUCCUACGAAUCAAAACAUGGCCAACGCAACGGAUGAGAGGAACGAAGACAUAGAAGAUCCGCCGUUUGGAGUAUGGCCGCACCGUAUGAGCGCUAUGCUGGCCUGCCUCAGCUGUACGGUCGGCAUAUUUAAUAUAUCCCGGUUCGCCAUGUUCAGCGUACAUUUUGGAGCGAGCUUCAUAGUACAAUUCCUAAUUCUGUCCCUCUUGGUCGGCAUACCUCUAUUCACACUACACUUGUGCCUGGGCCAGACCUUGCGCUCCGGGCCUAUAGAUAUGUGGAGGAUAUCUCCCAUACUACAAGGCAUAGGUGUGGCCCUACUCUUAGCACAGAUGCUAAUAGGGGUGUACAGUAUUAUUGGCCUUUCCUGGGUCUUCGUAUACUUCAGAGAUUCCUUCAUAACCUCAGAAGAUAAGUACAAGUGGGCGCUUCCUUAUGGAAGUGGAGAAGAUGUGAUCUCAAAGAAUAUAACGAUGAAAAUCUACGAGACAUUGCCAGUAUAUUUUCACAACGAAGUAUUAAAACAAAAUCCGGGAACAAACGGCUAUGGUACUAUAAAGUUUCAUAUAGCGUUCAAUUUGGCUGUGCUCUGGAUGAUUGUGUUUGUUGGACUAUGUAAAGGGAUUAGGUCUUAUGGAAAGGCUGUAUACAUGCUGAUAUUCUUGCCUAUAUGCGGUAUUUUGAUACUUUGCACCAAACUGUUAACUCUGAUCCCUUAUGAAGCAGUGACAAAUAUCUUCGCCGAGACCGAAUGGAGUGAAUUCUUUAUUAAUUCUAAUAGCUGGGCAGCGGCAGCACAAGAGACAUUCCUCACUUGGGGACUACUAGGUGCCUGUAUAAUGCAACUCAUAUCACACAAGGAUGCCAAACGGAAAAACAGCUUAACUCUACAGAGGGAAAGCACUUGUAUAGUCAUAUUUACCUUCACAAUACUGUUACUAGGAUCUUUCCUAGCGAAUAUAUGUGUUCAAAUACUAAGAAACCACGGAUAUAUUUACAUGCCGAGUAGUUAUGAAACAAUAAAAUCCUCCCAAUUCCUAUAUCCAAUAACGGAACCGCCGCCGAGUACGGCGCUCCGGCACUUCACCCACUACGGCGGUAUAGUGGGUCUGACCGUGCGGCGCACGCUCAGCGGCUGGCAGCCCCUCCAGCUCGCCACGCAGAUAGUGCCCGCCGCGCUCGCCGUGUCCGCCGACGUGCUAUCUCCGGUUUGGGCAGUGAUAUUCUACUUCAUCAUCAUCAUGUUUGGCAUCGCGCAGCAGCUGGCGAUCUGGCACUGUGUCGUCACUGGCAUCAUGGAGUUUAACGUGGAGACGCUCAAGAUAUGGGACACGACUAUUACGUUCUUCAGCUGCGUGUUCGGAUUGGCUGUUGGGUUGCUGCUAUCUACUGAUAUGGGCGUGCGUAUAGUAUACUGGUUGGACUACACCAUAUCGGGUGGGUGGUGUCACGGCGCGCUCGCGGUCGCUUUAGUAGUGGGCGUAUUCGCGGUGCGCGGACGCCCACUAUCAGCGGAUACGUUAGUACGCGUGCUGUUCCCGCCUCGUACUGCCACUGUGCCCAUAGCGGCGUUACUGAGCUUCGUGUGGACUGUGUUGCUGCCUGUCGCGAUUGCCGCUAUAUGCAUUGUAGAUUUUCGGGUGGGACAACAGCGGCAACUUUAUAGUUGGAGAAAAACUGCCGGAUACUGGCCAGUAUGGGUACGUCAGGUGUCCGUGUGUAUACAACAAGGGCUCUUACUGCUGGUUCCAGUAACCGCCUUCAUACAGACCUGGAGAUACAUGAGCAAGGGACCACCUGAUAUAUUUGAGCGCAUCCAGAACCUCUACCGUCCGUCGAUGGAGGCGUCGCCGCGCCGGGCCCCGCCCCCCGUGGUCCCGCCCCCCGACCCUCCCCCCAAAUACACGCCCCCACCGUCAUACAGUACCGCGACCGGCGCACGAUUGCUGAACACGCUGCGACGUAGUUUCCGCACGCUGCGCAGGAUAACGUCAUCCCGCAUCGAGAACGACGACGGCCAUGCACCAAUCACGUUAAGCGAAAGCGUCGAAAGACAUUCCGAGCCGCCAAUCACAAGCGACUAUCUACCUCAAGAUCCGCCUAUAUUGACCAAUUACCUAUCAGAACCGCCUAUAUUGAGAAACGAGAUGCGACAUUCAACGCCAUCUAUCGUACGUAAUCAAACUUUACCUAGUUCUCGUAACGAAACCACACAUGGAACGCCUAAUAUUCGUACGUCAAGUAACCAAACGCCUAAUAUUCAGCCAUCCAACGAAGCGCCUAGUCAGGAUAUACGUAGUCAAGUAACGCCAACUAUACUACGUCACGAAUCAGAAUUCACAAGAGCGCAUUUACGCCGCUCGUUUUUGAGGGCGGAGUCUUUACGCAAUGUGCGUGCGAGUUUGCGGCGCAGUUUGCGUUGUACACGCAGCGGGAGUCAUGAAAGGUUAGUUAGGAAUGCCGAGCCUUUGGCUACUAGAGCUACGCUUAUAUGAGACUUAAUGGA